AUGGGUAGUGCCUACCACUGGGAGGCUCGGCGUCGGCAGAUGGCUUUGGAACGGAGGAAGGGGCUGAUGGAACAGAAGGAACUAGAACAGGCGGUAAAAAAGCAGGAAGAGAAGAAACAGCAUUUUGAGACAACGUCUAAGCCACACCAGGAUUCAAAACGGCCACCACCUGCACAGCCACAGGAGCAGGCGCAGCCACAGGAGCAGGAGCAGGCGCAGCCGCAGGAGCAGGAGCAGGCACAGGCACAGCUGAAGCUGCCGCAGCAGCCACAGCCACCUGGGCCAAAGCCACAAAAAGAACAAGACCCUCCCACACAGAGCACCUUCAAGGGUGGCCUCCAGAAGGCCACCCAAAGGCAAGGACCCCAGACUACACCAGCAGGGACCCAACAAGAUGAACAGCAAUCCUGCAGAACUCGUGGACCCCCAAUCCUUCCGAGUCAAGGUGUCCAGACGGCAAGCCAGCCAUCUAAAUACACCCGACUCACGGUGAGAGGCAAAGGGGCCCUGGCUACGUGUGGCUGA